AUGCAACAAAGAUGGAAACUGGCGGCUCUAAUAAGAAGUUGUGGCACUGUUCGUGAGCUUUUGGACAUCAAACAACGCCUUCUGUUAGACGCCACUGACACUUUUCUCUCGAAUUUAAUCGUUUCGACGUUUGGAAGGCUGGGACAGAUCCAAGAUGCAAAGAGGUUUUUCGAUUCGAUGCCCCACAAGAACGCCUUUUCGUGGAACAUUCUUCUUCAAGAAAAUGCCCGAAACUGGCAUUUUGAUGAAGCACUGAUUACUUUCAACAAGAUGCCCUUCAAGGACGUCGUUUCGUCCACGAUUGUAUUGAAAAUGCUUUGCCAGAUUUUAGGCUUGGGAGAAGCUAAGAAGUUCUUUGAAUCACUUCCACAAAGGAAUUCCGUUUGCUGGAACGUUAUAGUUGCAGCAAGUACCCAAAUCUCGGAUUUCGGUAGCGCUGUCAAGCUUUUGCAAAAGAUGCCUGCGUUAAGUCUCGAGUCUUGCACUGCUGUUAUCCAAGCGUUCCUCACGUCAAGCGAGAGCUCUUUGUACGAACAAGCCAAGUCACUGUUUGAUGAAAUGCCAGAGAGAGAUGUGGUGCUCUGGACCGCCAUGGUUCAAGGAUAUGCCCAAGGCGGGCAUAUCGCAAGAGCUCAAACACUAUUUCACAAAAUGCCAUGCCACGACGUGAUGGUCUACUCCGCACUCCUAGAGCUGUGCUCCACCCUGGAAGAACUCAAACGCUUGUUUGAUGCAAUGCCCGAGAAGAACUUCGUCGCCUGGACGUGUCUUCUGCAAGCGUCUGCUCAUCACAAACACGUAAGAGAAGCAAAGCUUGUGUUUGAUCUGUUUCCAUGCCACGACGUGGUUUCCUGCACUGUUCUUCUCGAGGCCAGUAUUCUCUCGGACAGAAUUCAAGAAGCAAAAUCACUCUUUGAUGCAAUGCCACGGAGAAACAGCGUGUGCUGGAACGCCCUCUCGUCAAGCUAUGCCCAAGCCGGGUAUAUGGCAGCCGCCGUGGAAGUGCUAAGAAAGAUGCCAGAGUCGACAGCGGCGUCCUUCGCGGCCAUGAUCACUGGAUUCGGAGUCGCUGGUUGCAUCGGCGAGGCAAAAUCCAUCUUCGACAUCUCCCCGGAGAGAAUGCAAUCGUCUUGGAACGCUCUGAUGCACUGCUGCAAGAGCAAGGGAGUCGAAACUCUCGAGACCAUCUUCCACAGGAUGCCGUGCUGGGACCUCUUCGGCAAGAACAUCUUGCUGCUGGGAUAUGCACAGAGUGGGCAUAUCAAAGCGGCCUCCGAGCUCUUCCACUCCAUUCCCGACAAGGACACCGCCUCCUGGAACUCGAUGCUCGCAGCUCACGCUUUGCAUGGAGAUCUCGAGUCGGCAUCGUCCACUUUCGCAGCUCUCGCUCGCCCGGACUUGCUGUCGUGGAACUCCAUGCUCGCAGCUUAUGCUCGGAGUGGAGACUCCCGAGCAGCGAUCCAUCUCCUCCAAAGAAUGGUUCUGGAGGGUGACACGCCUGAUGAAAUCUCCUUCCUCAACGUCCUUUCCGGAGUCACUCACAGAGGCCUUGUCGACCAAGGCCUCCUGCAUUUCCAAGCUUCCAGACCGGCGAUCAAGCGGCAGCACGGCUCCUGGAGAUGGAUUCCAACAAUGCCGCAACUCUCGUGA